AUGGUCCUGCCUAAUCCGGGUGACUCCCUCUCAAGCCUCAGUUUUAGCCCGAAAAGCAAUCUUCUGGUGGCAACUUCCUGGGAUAACCAGGUGAGGUGUUGGGAGAUAGGUAAUGGUAACAGUCAGCCAAAGGCAUCCAUAUCACAUGAUCAGCCAGUGCUCUGCUCAGCCUGGAAAGAUGAUGGGACUACUGUCUUCUCAGGAGGGUGUGAUAAACAGGUCAAAAUGUGGCCUCUCCUGUCUGGUGGGCAGGCUCAGACGGUUGCAAUGCAUGAUGCACCUGUCAAGGAGGUCUCUUGGAUUUCUCAGAUGAAUCUUCUUGUCUCAGGAAGCUGGGACAAGACGCUAAGGUAUUGGGACACAAGACAACCAAAUCCUGCCCAUGUUCAGCAACUUCCUGAUCGUUGCUACGCACUUGCUGUGAAUUAUCCCCUUAUGAUUGUGGGAACAGCUGAUCGCAAUAUUGUGAUCUUCAACUUGCAGAAUCCUCAGACUGAGUUUAAGCGUAUUCAAUCACCUCUGAAAUACCAGACACGGUGCGUUGCUGCCUUUCCAGAUCAACAAGGAUUCCUGAAGGAGACUGCAUCGACGCUAUGCUUGGAGAAGGAGACUGCAUCUCAUGUCAAGAGGAUGAGAAGGAGCCCCUUGGGUAAUCAAUGUAUUGUUCCUCGUGGGGACACCUUAGAGGUGGGUUCCAUAGAAGGAAGAGUUGGUGUGCAUCAUAUUGAUGAUUCACAGCAAAGCAAAAACUUCACAUUCAAAUGUCACAGGGAAGGAAAUGAUAUUUUCUCUGUCAAUUCGCUCAACUUUCACCCUGUUCAUCACACGUUUGCCACAGCUGGAUCUGAUGGUGCUUUCAACUUUUGGGAUAAGGAUAGCAAGCAGAGACUUAAGGCUUUCAGUCGGUGUCCUCAACCCAUUCCUUGCAGUAGCUUCAAUAAUGAUGGCUCAAUAUUUGCUUAUGGGGUCUGCUAUGACUGGAGCCGUGGCGCUGAGAACCAUAAUCCUGCAAAUGCAAAGACAUCCAUCUAUCUCCACAGUCCCCAGGAAGCCGAGGUGAAAGGAAAACCAAGAAUCGCAACGGGGCGGAAGUGA